AUGGCGGACGUCAUUGAUCAAUCGAGUCGGCCGAUUGACGACAAGGUUGUGGUCCAGCAUCAUGAAGGAAGUGGCUCUUCAGAGAAUAGUCACAAGGAGAUAGCCGAUGCUGGCUCAGAAGAAGCUCUGCAUGAGUCGGAGAUGGAUAUUCCGAUGACUUUCCGCCGCUUUAUGGGCUUUACUGCUAUGGCUUUCCUAUGGACUGGCAGUCAGAUACCAGUCUAUCUAUUUGGCGGUAUCCCUCCAUAUAUUUAUGGAGACAUUGGCGGAGCGGAUCGAUGGGUCUGGUUUGUCCUCGCCAAUUUGCUUGGCCUUGCCGGUGUAUGCCCGUUCGUCGGAUCUCUAUCAGAUCUCAUCGGACGCCGUCCAGUCGCGAUUAUUGGAGCAUCCCUAAUUGUCAUUGGAAUGAUUAUAUGCAGCACAGUCAACACGAUGAACAGCUUUAUCGCGGGCAUGGCCAUCGCUGGCGCCGGUGCGGGAGUCAAUGAACUGACGGCCCUGGCGGCUACCUCGGAGAUGGCACCAACUCGAAAGAGAGGAGUCUAUGUUGCUGUCCUCAUCUUCACAAUUGUGCCGUUUUGCCCGUCCGUGCUGUGGGCACAACUCAUUGCAUAUUAUAGCCAUUGGCGCUAUGUUGGUGCGUUUUGUGCUGCGUGGAGCGCCUUUGUUAACUCGGCUGGAAUGAGCCGGAAGGAAAUCAUUGGACGUAUCGACUUUGUCGGAGGUUUCCUCAGCAUCACUGGUCUGAUUGUUUUCUUGGCUGGCUUGCAAUGGGGUGGUUAUAUGUACGAAUGGUCAUCUCCCCAUGUCCUGGCACCGUUGAUCAUUGGGUUCCUGCUUCUCGUCGCUUUUGCCUUCUGGGAGAUCUAUGGAGCCAAAUUCCCCAUCUUCCCAUCACGUCUCAAGCAGGAGCCCCGGAUUUUGGGUCUAACCCUGGUCAUUACCUUCAUUUCCGGUGCCAAUUUCUUCUCUGUGAUCAUGUUCUGGCCCACGGAGUCGUUCAAUGUCUAUGGCCAUGACCCUAUCGAUGUUGGCGUGCGCAGUCUCCCUAUUGGAUUCGGGAUCACAGCAGGGGCUUGCAUCGUGCUCGCGCUACUGAGUAUUCUACGUGGUCAUAACAAAGAGCUAUUGAUUGUUAGCAGCGUCUUGAUGACUGCAGGCUGCGGCGCUAUGGCUAUCGGCCGCGUCGACAACAUGUAUCAGCUUUGGGGUAUUCUCAUUCUUGCCGGAAUUGGAAUCGGAGGGAUUGUGGUUCCAGCCUCCAUCAUCACUACAAUCAUCUGCCCAGAUGAUCUUAUUGCCACCAUCUCCGCCCUUACACUCUCUAUUCGCGUUGUCGGCGGUAGCAUCGGCUACACCAUCUACUACAAUGUCUUCGUCUCCAAGUUUGUCCCUGCGGCGACGAAGCACAUCGGCGGUGUGAUGAUGACACAGCUCAACAUCACCGAUGUUGCGCUGAUCGGCGAAGCAAUUCAGUUGACAAGUGAAUCGUUGUUAGGCGAGCUGCGCACAAUCCCUGGCAUUGCUGGCAACGAAGCUGCCUAUCAGAUGGUGGUUGAAGCUGGCCAACUUGCAUACGCCGAGGGAUACAAGUGGGUAUACUAUGUCAGUAUCGCCUUUGGAGGCAUCUCCAUUAUAGCUGCCUGUUUCUUGGGCGAUAUCCAGAAGUAUAUGACGGAUCAUGUAGCCGUCGUGAUGCACUGA